UCAUGCGUAGCGCACGUGUUCUUGUUUUUGUGAUAUAUAUUUUUACCGUACACAUAUAUGCGAAAAGAUUCGAAACGAGAUGUAAACUGGUUCGUGAAUUAAUGCGUAUUGGUGUACCGAAUGACGUAUUCCUCGGACAAUGGGUUUGUUUGAUAGAAAAAGUGAGUAACAGAGAUACAAGAGCUAUGGUUGUUACUCCCAGUGGUAGAAAAUACUAUGGAUUGUAUCAGAUACCCAGCAGGUGGUGCAGAGAAGGGAAAAAGGGUGGAGAAUGCAAUAUAAGUUGUGAAGCGCUUUUAGAUGAUGACAUUCGCGACGAUACAGCCUGCGCUAUGGAUAUAUUCCAUAAAGAAGGUUUUAAAUAUUGGACGCAAUGGACGAUAAGAUGCAAGAAUGAUAACUUGAUUACAAACGAAAUUUACAAAUGUCCGGAUUUGCUGGGCAAAAAACCACGGUCAGAAUUCUGGAACAGAAUGAAACGUAUGAUAGCUAGAAGUACUAGGAAUCAAUCCACACUUGCCGAGUAUUACAGAUUAUAUUGGAUACAAUAA